UCUGACGCAGUGCUGGCUGCGCAAAGGCUUCCAUUUUCAACUCGGCCCGGGCGUCGCUUUUUCUAAUGUGAAUUCAUAAUUUGUUUCCAAUUAGAAGGUAGUGUAGUAAUUUAACGUCAAAAAUACAAAGUUUUAAUGAGGUGAUCGGGGUGGUGGUGGCGUGAUCCUUCGGAGAUCAGCUGUCGGCGCGCAUGAGCUGGCGGGGGCUGCCGCCAUUGACGGAGCGGCGCGCGCCGAUCCUUGGGCAUUGGAAGGACCGCGCCGGCCGCGGGUGGACGCAGUGUGAGGCGGGCGACCGAGCGCCGACUCCGCGCCGAUCUCAUCUCGUCCGUGACCGCGCGAGCGGGCGCCGCGCCAGCAUGGACGCGCUGCUGGCCGCGCUGGUCGCGCUCAUGGCAGUGGCCGCCGCGAUGGCAGCCGUGCUCAGCACGCUCUCCAAAGCUGCGAUCUUUGCUCUCCUCGCGAUCGCUCCCUGCCUCUACCGCUACAGAAAGUGCAUUUAUGUCAUCAUCAAAACUCUACCCAGGGAUACCAAAUUCCUAUGUCGCUACGCCCACGGCAUGGUCCGCUCAAAGCGCUGGGGCCGCCAGGACGCCACCGUGGCUGAACUCUUCACCAAGCGCGCCCUCGCCGACCCCGCCGCGCCCUGCUUCGUCGUCGUCGGAGACCGCACCUGGACCUUCGGAGAGAUGGCGGAAAAGUCCAACCAAGUCGCCAGGGUGAUGCAGGAACACCUGGGCCUGCACCGCGGCGACGUGGUCUGCGUAUUCAUGCCGAACUGCGCGGAGUUCGUCUGGACCUGGCUGGGCAUGGCCAAGGUUGGAGCUGUGUCGGCACUCAUCAACAGCAACCUGCGCCACAAGCCGUUGCUGCACUGCAUCCAAGUCGCCAAGGCCAAGGCGAUCGUCUUCUCCGACCAGCUGGCUGAUGCCGUCGAGGAACUCCGCGCGCAAAUACCCGAGGAUCUCAAGCUGUUCCAGCUGUACGGGCAGUGCAGGCCCGGGGUCAUCGACCUUGCCGCCGAGAUGGAGAAACACCCCCCGGAAUACCCCAUCGUGAAUGAGAAGCUGCAUUACAAAGACACGCUUCUGUACAUCUACACCUCUGGAACCACUGGAAUGCCGAAAGCGGCCGUGUUACCUAAUUCUAAGUACCUCUUGGUGGUGGUAGCGACGGUCCACAUGUUGGGUCUGAAGAAGUCAGACCGCAUGUAUAACUCGCUGCCGCUGUACCACACUGCUGGCGGCGUGGUGGGCACGGGCGCGGCGCUGGUCGACGGCAUACCAUCCGUGUUGCGCUCCAAGUUCUCCGCCUCCAACUACUGGACCGACUGUAUCAAGUACGACUGCACGGUGGCGCAGUACAUAGGCGAGAUGUGCCGGUACCUGCUGGCGCAGCCGCCGCGGCCGACGGACGCGCAGCAUCGCGUGCGCAUCAUGGUCGGCAACGGCAUGCGCCCCGCCAUCUGGCAGCAGAUGGUCGAUAGGUUCAAAGUUCCCCAAAUAAACGAGAUAUAUGGCGCGACAGAGGGCAACGCUAAUAUUAUUAAUGUGGACAACACCGUCGGAGCAGUAGGAUUCCUGCCUAAGUUGGUCCCCACCUGCCUCCACCCGAUAGCCCUGGUCCGCGCUGAUGAGCAGGGUGCACUGGUCCGAGGGCCCGAUGGGUUCUGCAUUCGAUGUCAGCCCAAUGAACCGGGUAUGUUUAUCGGCCUGAUUGCACAAGGAAAUGCAUCCAGGGAAUACUACGGAUACGUGGACAAGACGGACAGUAAUAGAAAGCUGGUUCGCGAUGUAUUCUGCAAGGGAGACGCGGCGUUCGUGAGCGGAGACAUAUUGGUGGCUGACGAGCUCGGUUAUCUGUUCUUCAAAGACCGCACAGGAGAUACGUACAAGUGGAAGGGGGAGAAUGUCGCUACGGCUGAGGUGGAGGACGCCAUGGAUCCUGUGUUGGGACAGAGGGCCUGUGUCGUCUAUGGAGUCUCGAUCCCGCAGACGGAGGGCCGCGCGGGCAUGGCGGCGGUGGCGGACCCUGCGCGCGCGCUGGACCUGGCGCGGCUGGCGCGCGACCUCGACAGCUCGCUGCCCUCCUACGCGCGUCCGCUCUUCCUCAGGAUCAUGAACGACAUCGAGAUCACUGGUACGUUCAAGCUGAAGAAGCUGCAAUACCAGAAGGAGGGCUUCGACCCGGACGUGAUCAAGGAGCCUCUGUUCUUCAGGUCAGGCGGCGACUUCGUCCCCGUGACCUCACAGCUGUUCAGAGACAUCUGCAACGGCAAGGUCAAACUGUAGGUGACACUGCAACAGGAAGAGCGAUGACGCCGCACGGCACAUCACCAAAUACCUAGUUGAUGACGAUUCGAGAUGAUUCUAUGUAGCAUAGUCCCGUUUGUCAAGUCAAUUGUGUGCCUGAAUGCUUCCUAUCAACUGGACAGAAAAAAUGUACUUGUCGGUUGUCAACAUGGUCUCGUUUAUAACUAUCUGGUGUUAUAAAAACAUAGCAAACUAAUUAAACCAAACAUCAGAUAGUUUUAACGUCGAUAGUGUGAUUGUCGUGUGAAGCGUCGUACAAACUACUCGUGACAAACAAAAUCAAAAUUAUGAAAAAAAAAGUAGGUGGUACUGAAAUACUGCUGACAGGACGCUUGAUAACUGUGAUCAAUUAAAACCAAAAUUUGGAAAUACAAUUAUAACGUGAGAAUUAUUCUGUAUAAUCUUUAGCUUUGCAAAUUUCUCAACUAAAGAAAGUAUAUAUGAAUACCCACGCACGCUUUCUGCCAGAGCAGUAAUUUAGCCGAUAAUGAUUUGAAAUCUUAAUAAAAAGCCUUUGGAUUGUUACUGAAGGUCCAAGACCGAGGUACACACUGGAAUAUUGUGUGUUCCUUGGCGUCUUAUUUCAUUUAUUUACUUAUAUGAACUGUAUCCAACUAGUAAUUAUAACUCCCGUUUAUUCUUUCUGAAUUGCACUCGUGUAUCUUACAUUUAAUUCAUAGUCUCCUCAAAUCUCAUAAAUAGUGUGAAUGGUUUAAGUAUGAUACGUGCAAUAUUAGGGUAAUCACUAUUUGUGUGUUUCAGCGGGUGAUAUGACAUUACAUUUUAAUGGGUUAUAGACAAAUAGGUUACUGGGUAGAGGUAAGGUACUAAGCAAAACCGCACUCGCCACCUCAUAUUAUAUCACUUAACUAAAAGCAAUAAAUCAUAUUUUACAAAUUUCUCUAGAGCAAAUAGGAAAUACAAUGUUUUGUAGAUAAAUUUAUUGUAGCUAGGUACAUUCCACCAAAUAGCUUCGUAAGAUUUGUUUUUGUUCUCAGAAGCACUGUACACCCUGGUGUCCGCGCCACGAAUGGAUUACCGCGGUAAUAUCUAGAACUAUCAAUACUAGAUCGGCGAUGUUAUUCUUGUUAGCAACUGUUGCGCCAUCUAUGGGAUUUCUUUCGUAGCGCGGGCUCUAGAAUAUUUUGAGUUCCUAUUGUGAAUAUUUGUAACGCAUUUUGUUUUAGGCACUUGUAUGGGAUUUUGUAUGGGAGUUUUGGCGCCUUAUUAAUAAAAAAAAUUCUCUGAUUGGUCUUCAAAUAUUUGUUUUGUCCACUUUUCGGUAUUUGACAUUGAAAGAACGAGAAAAAAAAAUAAACUUUUAUUCCAAGCUUAAAUCGGAGUAUAAUCUUUUUAUUAAAAAUGGAGGUUAGUAUAUUGGGUUUGGGUAUAACGCGUGGAACCGCCAUGUAUUUUAUAUGACAUGUAAUCCACUUGCUCUAUCCAUUCCUUCUAAUUUAAGAAUGACUUAGUCAUCAUACUGAAAGUCGGGCGUUUCGAUUAGUUUGUGGUGCCUUGAAACGAAAGCCGUUGCACACUAGACUAGGUACAUAGUACGCAGUCGAAAAUUGCUCCUGAAAAUUAUUAUGUAAGUUGUAAAUAAAUAAUAAAACAUGA